AUGUCUCGAAAACCUUUCAUUGGACACAGUGAAUAUUUGCUCCACAAUGCCCUGGAUAGAGACUUAUAUUAUGCGUUUCUCCUUCCGUUGUAUUUCUUUCCUUCAAUAUUAUUCGUCUCUAUGUACACAAUUUGCGAUAACUUCAUUACUGACAGCAGUAAUAUUUCGGUUCUCCUAUAUGUUUACACCAUCAUAAGAAUUGUAGUUGUGCAGGAUGGUAAGAGUCAAAGUAUCUUUUCUAUUCUAUAUCGAAUUUGCUGGUUACUGAUCCUGAAAGUUCUUCACGAGUUUUAUCAAACUAACAAGAGAAGCGAAUGCACAAGAAUGUGA